AUGGAUACAACUGCAUCCACUUUACAUUAUCAGCAAACGAGUACAGCAGAAUUCAAAAGUGAUGGACAGGAAAAGACUGGCAUGGAUCGAAUUCGACCCGAAGGCGGUUUCGACCAAGCCGUCCGCGCAGUUCAGAGCGGUAACAGAAAAAGCGAGAACGAAUCGCCGUGGAGCAGUCUCUUCGUGUUCCUGGAAAAGCAGGAGCUCUGUCUCUUGGUUACAGCGAUCGGCAUCUCCGCUGUAUCCGCCGGCGGCAAGACGAUGUACGCAGUCAUCAUUGGUAAAAUAUUUGACAUUGUUGCCGGCUUUGGUAGCCACUCGCUCGAUGCGGCAACCACCCUGUCCCGAGUCUCGUACUGGUGCAUGAUCCUCACCAUUCUGGGUCUCGCUAGGUGGUUGGUCAAUGCCUUAUUCAUGUCUUCAUGGAUCAUACUGGGUGAGUCGCGGGCGCGGGCAUCUAGGAGAGCUGUCUUUUGGGCACUCCUCGACAAGGACAUGUCGUGGUAUGAUACGUUGCCCGAUGGCAUCGCGAGUCUGACCUCUGGAGUUCAAGCACAAAUCCGAGAGCUGCAGCUCGCGACCUCGCAAAUUCUCGGCCAGCUGGUCAACGACACCUUUCUGACCCUGGGAACCCUUGCCCUCGCCUUCUAUUCUAGCUGGAAGCUAUCUCUCGUCAUGCUCGCCACAGUGCCCCCCUCUGUCAUUGCCAUAUCCCUCAUCACUCGUGGCUUGCAGCCCGCCAUCCAGGCAUAUCGACAAGAACUUUCCAAGGCGUCAAGGCAUGCCGCGACGUCCAUCACGGCCAUCGAGCUCGUCAAGGUGUACAACGGCGUAGACAACGAGGUGUGGCAGUAUAUAGAGGCAGUCAGGAAGGCGUCGCGGUUCGCGCUCCGGCAGGCGAUGCGGAACUCGUUGCAAAUCGGAUACGUCAAGGCCUGGCUGAUCAGCCUGUUUGUGGUCGGCUUCUGGUUUGCCAUCUACCUGGCGAACAGGGGCGAGAUCGCGCCCGGACAGGCCCUCACUGCGUUCUACGCCGUGCUCAUCGCCUUUCAGGCACUGGAGAAUCUGGGACCACAGUUCUCGACAGUUGCAAAAGGUGUUGGGGCUGGAAGGGCUUUAGCAAUGCUUGUCGGCGACUCGAAUAUCGGCCGCGGUCGAGGGCAGCAGAAAGGUCAUAGGCUUGCCGGACCCCCUGCGAGUGUCAUAUUGCAUGAGGUGGCUUUCGCGUACCCAUCUACUCCGGACAAGUUAGUCCUGAAACCCUCUACCCUAUUCUUUCCCCACAAAGAGACUUCAUUUAUCGUCGGCAGGAGUGGCUCCGGCAAAAGUACCAUCGCGAGCCUUCUCGUCAGGUUCUACGAGCCCACCCACGGUGCAAUCCUCAUCGACGGAAUGCCCCUUUCCACCCUCGAGAAUCUCUGGGUCCGCCAGAAUAUCCUCCUAGUGCAACAGACCAGCACACUAUUCAAAGACACCUUCUUCCAGAACGUGGCUGUGGGUAGCUUGGACCCGGAUGGUACCUUGCCAGAACAAGUACGCGAGGCUUUGGAGUUUGCACUCCUGCAGUCCACACUCAUGGGGUUGCCUAAUGGACUCGAGACACAAAUAGGACCAGGUGGCGUUGCGCUGAGCGGCGGGCAGAGGCAGCGUCUGGCCCUCGCUCGAGCCAGGCUUCGCGACCCGCCGAUUCUCAUCCUGGACGAGAUAACAAGCGGUCUCGAUCCGACCAACGCGAGUAUGCUGAUGGAUGCGAUUCGGAUCUGGCGCCGUGGUAAGACAACAAUCGUCAUCACCCAUGACAUCUCGCAGAUCAGAGAGGAUGAAUACGUACAUGUGAUGGAACAAGGUGCACUCGUGCAGGGAGGUCACUUUGGGCAGCUUGUCGAGGAGGACGACGGUGCCAUUCACGAGCUCUUGAGAUCUGCUACGACAUCGCCCCGACUCUCAAAUUCUCCAAGUAUCCAUGCUACUCAGCACGGCACAACCCUCGAAUACCAAGGAGAUGAACACGUCGAGCACUCAGCUCUUUCCCGCUUCCUCAUCCCACAUACUGAUCAAUCUGGGAAUCAUCAAGGACUGUUCCGGCCCAUGUCCAUCAUGGCACCAAGAUUCUCAGCGGCGGGACCACUCGUAUUUGAGGUCAGAGACAUUCCAAAGCUACCACAUACCCGACCUAGAUCGAGCAUGGACAUACUUGAAGAAAGCGGAUGGGCGGUCCACGGCCGGCGACCACAAGGCGGCUCAAGACGCCAGCGAGCCAUCUCGAUGAGCGUCAUUGCGGGAGUCCAGCAAGCACCGCCUACAAAAGCUUCUGACGCCAAGUCCGGCUCACUCAUACAGGUCCUGGCGUCGGUCUGGCCGAUGCUCGACAGAUUCCAGCGACUGAGCUUUAUAAUCGGCAUCAUCCUGUGCUUGGUUGUCGCCGGCCUAACGCCGGCCUUUUCAUACGUCUUUGCAGAACUGCUCGCCUGCUUCUGGACGCUCGGGGACAAGGAGACUGCGGCGAGACCAUGGGCCAUCGACCUCGCCAUCAUCGCCCUCGCCGACGGAGCAACGUCGUUCCUCGCCUACCUCCUCAUGGCGUGCGUCAGCCAGGCGUGGAUCGCCGGUUUGCGCAUAGAAGCGCACAAGCGCAUACUGCGGCAGCCAAAAGCUUGGUUCGACGAGCCAGCGCACUCUUCGCAUCGGAUAGUCCAGUUUCUGGACUCGAGAGCGGACGAACUGGGCAAGCUGGUUGCCAUCUUCCUCCCCAUCGUCCUGAUUGCGGCCGGCAUGGCCAUCGCGUCUAUAGUCUGGGCGCUGUCAAUCUCGUGGAAGCUCAGCCUCGUCGCGCUGGCGACUGGCCCGGUGGUUUAUCUUGCGGCCAGGCUCGCCGCCUACGUCAGCAACAAGUGGGAAUCCCGAUGCAUUGCGGCGGGCGAGUCCACGGGCUCGCUGUUUGCAGAGGUGUUUUCCAACAUUCGUGUCGUGCGCGCUCUGACGCUAGAGGAGUACUUUGGCAAGCAGUUCAAAACAUCGUGCAUAGACACGUUUCGUGCUGGCGUGAAGAGAGCGAUCCGGACUGGGCUGCCUUAUGGGCUGAACCAGUCCAUGUCUGACUGGCUCACGGCGCUCGUAUUCUAUUAUGCUACCGUGCUCCUGACGAGCGGGGAUAUAAGCAUCGGAGGGGUGCAAAAGGUGGUGAACCUGCUCUUGUUCAGCAUCGGCAACGCCACGGUCAUGCUGGGCGACAUCCCCCAGAUCGCCUCGGCCAAGAGCACGGCUGGCGAGAUCCUCAAUCUUGCUAGGCUGCCCCUCGGCGCUGGUCACGAGCAUAGUGGGCGUCUGAGACCACAGACUCUAUUUCCUAUUCGCAUGAACUCCUUGAAGUUCGCAUAUCCGUCAGGACCACAGUCGCGGGUGCUUCAUGGAGUGGAUCUUACCGUCGAGGCCGGAGAGACGGUCGCCAUUGUCGGGCCAUCCGGCUGCGGGAAGAGCACGCUUGCCGCCAUAAUCCUCCGGCUAUAUGAGCUACUUGGUGAGGAGGGAAGCAGUGAUCGACAUCCUUUCAACGCUCGGUUCCCGCCGCUCGCACCCCUGAGCUACGGUGGUUGUGACGCGCGAGAUAUCCAUACGGCCUUUCUCAGAAGCGGAGUCGGGUAUGUCUCUCAGCAUCCCUUCAUCUUUCCCGGUACUGUCCGCGAGAAUAUCCUCUACGGCAUGCGUGAUGAUGCCCCUGAGCGCAGGAUGGACUCGGAGGCCGUGGUGCAUGCUUCUCGAGCUGCUGGUAUUCACGAAACGAUUGUAUCCUUAUCGGAAGGGUACGAUACUCGAAUAGGAGAAGGGGGUGUUGGAUUGUCUGGAGGGGAGUCGCAAAGAGUGUCGAUUGCAAGGGCACUGGUUCGAAACCCGAAGCUACUGGUCCUGGACGAACCCACUUCUGCGCUGGAUGCAGUCGCGGCUGAUGGUAUUAGGGACUUGAUCAGGCAUCUUAUCAUGGGAGACUCGUCCGGAAACGGACAAAGAGGCAUGUCUGUUGUUGUGGUGACGCAUAGCCGGGAGAUGAUGCAGGCCGUUGACAGGGUAGUAAUGCUUCAGAACGGUCAAGUGGUAGAGACAGGGAGCUACGAUCAGCUCGUGAGACACGGGCACCAUUUUGCUGAGUUCAUCAGGAGAGACUAG